GUGUCGUUUCUGGAAGAGGCUGUAACUACCACCACAGUGGGCGUUGGUGGCGAGAAUGAGGAGCGGAGCUACAGGAGCUACCCACUAUCCUUGGAGGGCUCUUUAGUCUCGCUAUCCAGUUUACAUGAGGAACGCGGUCUCUUCCUUGCCUCCUACCGGCCUUCGACUCGAGUGCCGUGCGUGCGGCAUCUCUGCACGCAGCUGACUGCCACCCAGGCGGACUCAGAAGCUGAGGAACCUCAGCCACAUGGCUAUGAUUGCAAGUCGGUGGUCAGUCUUUUUGGUGGCAGUCAGAUGCGCAUGCUCUCGAGAGCUCGUCUGUUCCGACAAGAAAAGUCUGGUCCUGAAUUCUCUCCCUACUUCUUUUUCAUCAAUCCUGUGAGUAGUGAAAAGCCUCCGGUGAUUUGUCACCUUUCUCGAUUUCACGAUGAAUUCGUCCGCAAACUUCUAGUCGCCUCUGGGGAUGAUGAUGCAGGUGGUGGCCUCGUCUGGAAUUGCACUGCGGGUUCUCGCAUCCAAUCUCUCCCUAUAGCUGGUUCCGCAGGACCUGUAAUUGACGUUUGCGCUUUUAACAAAGGAGAAAAUUUGGGCCUCCUAACCAACCACCAGGUAGACGUUUUCAAAUGGUCCCAAAAUUACGGAGGCGAUACCUAA